AAUUUCAACACGCUUCCAGCCCUCUACAACUUUUGCUUUAUUAUUUCGCGGCCAUUUAGGGAGACUGAAUGUGAUGUUUUCUGCUAGAUUUUUUAAUGAAAACAGUCUGGAUAUCUUUACUGCACAACUUCAGAAAGUAUUUUAUUCUUUUAGUCUCAUAAAGACCUCGUAGCAGGAUUUGGUGAUCUUUGCUUGACUUGAGCCGUUUUCUUCGGACACACGUCAUCCUCGGUUCAGUGCCACUCCCAAAGGAUUAAGUUGUUGAAUAUGGAGCAAACCCACUGAGCAAGCACGGGAGCGGGAGUCCUCUGAGUGCGUGGCCGAGUGGGUCGUCCCGUGUCCGGCCUUACGUGUGCUGGAGAUCCCGGUAAUAUGGGAUGUGGACUACGAAAAUUGGAGGACCCUGAGGACAGCAGCCCGGGGAAAAUCUAUUCCACUUUAAAGAGACCACAGGUCGAGACUAAAACAGACUCCGUGUACGAGUAUGUGCUGCUGGACUUCAGUCUGGAAGGUAGUCGGCCUACGGUGCAGUAUCUGUCAUCGCUGUGCGAGCUGCCUCAUGCCCUGCAGUCCUACUACACCCAGGGCUAUGUACUGGCCGCCCUGCAUCCCAUCAUCCUCUCUGUGGGCCGGACCCGCUCCCUGCCCUGCAGCCUGCUUUACCGGGCCAUUCUGGUCCGGCCACGAUCCAGUAAUCCUGCAGUGCCAAUGAUUGACAGCUUGCCAGUGUUGCGGGUGGAGGAGUGGCCACUGCCCGGAGAAUCUCUGACCAGUGACACAGUGAGACUGCUCAUAGACAGGGUGAACAGUUAUUCCAGGGGUGGUGUGCAGUUUGUGGGGUCGGUGCUCCAGCAGGCUGGAGGAGGGGGAUGUAAUGGUAGGGUGCCCAGUCCCAGGAGGGGCUGCCGUUCCCCGCCCCGCACCCCACCUCGCACCCCGCCUCACACUCCGCCCGGAGAUACAGAUCUAGAGGGCCGUAGGUACAGCCCAGACCUGAGGUUGUUGGUGCUGUUUCACUCCUGGGCUCCGGGAUGUGCCCCGCUGGAUUCGCUGGCCUGCUGUUACCACCAGGGUGCGCUGUCCAUGCGCGUGUCCAGGAAGGGUCAAGUCGUCAGUGCCCUGGAAGCUGAUUGGCUGGAAUUGACCGCAGCUUACUACCGCAAGGGCUGGUCAUUGGUCGACUCCUUUGUAUACUGGGACACACCUAAAGGUGAGCCAGUGCCCAGGUCUCUAGAGGGGCUGUUUGUCUAUGAGGAGAGAAGCACAGCGCCACCUGCCAACGACACCAUUGUAGUGGAACAGUGGACCGUUAUAGAGGGUUCAAAUGUAAAGACCGACUAUGGUCCUCUGCUCCACACGCUAGCAGAAUUCGGCUGGCUGCUCACCUGUGUGUUGCCCACCCCAAUUAUUCGCCAUGACAGUGAAGGGAAUCUCGCCACCAAGCAGGUUGUUUUCCUGCAAAGACCCGUCAAGGGUCAAACGGUACCACAGCACAGUCAGGGAUCUACACGACGAGAGGUGUGCAGUCACUCUGUGAGUCGAGGUGUGGAUGAACCGCACACAGAGCUGUCGUCUCCAUGUUCCGGGGGAAUCGGCGGUUUCCCCGUGUUUGGAGGGGGGUAUCCCAGUGCCCUGUCCCAUUUAGAUGAGGGAGGAUUUGAGCCAGACGAUGGGGCUGCAGAAGUCACCUGUAUGUGAUGAACCAACUCAAAGAUGCAAUUUCUUUUUCAAGUUCUGUCAGAAAUCUUUGACGAUUGAGAGCGGCAAGUGGCAUAAAAUUGACCACAUCACCAGACCACAAGAGAUUUGUGUCCCUGUAUUAGAAACAGACUCAUAGCACUUUUAACGUGUUGUAAAUUAUUUUUUAACAAGCCAUAAGGUAUCAUAGAGUUUGGUUUUAUUUACUCUUCAUUGUACAUGAACUGAAAUCACUCUGAAAUUCACUUUUAUUUACAUCAACAGUAUUUCGCAGCACUCGCACAAUACCAUGUUCAGUUCACAUCACAUUUGUCUCAAGAUGGAGCUCCUACACUAUUUUUUUCCUCAUCACUGUGAGUGUCCUUCCUCACGGUUCAUUUUUUGCUGUUCUUUUUCCUGUUCCUUUUUUACUUCACCCCAGCUGACAGUUCAGUUGUUUGUUCUAACACCUGCAACAGUUCAACGUGACGAACUCAGGAACUGAGAGUCCAAACAGUCCCACUGCAGGACUCUGACAUUUACUUGGUGUGCAGAUUUGCGAUGUGUUUACAUUUUCUUGC